UGAGAUCCGGAGAUCGGGCGGACCCUAGCUCAAGCUCACGUCAUUAGCAGCAGCACCAGUCUGUGGUACCACCGCCUAAGAAACCACCACCGAGGGGUAUCGUGACAAAACGUGGGGCAACGAAAGCUCUAAGCUCAAAACCAUUUUCCGAGAAUGCUCAUAAAAGCAUCGCAACCCGCCAAUUGAACCAGCUACUACCUACAACGAUACCGGAAUUCAUAUAAGUCGUAAAUCCGGAGCCGGGAACCUACCCAAUUCAUUGGCCCCCUCAAUUCUCAAGCCCGCGCGUUUCAUGAAUCCGUCGCUGUCGCGGGCCGUCGCAAGCGCACCUACCCGACUUCUUUUCGCCAAUCCACGUGCGGUAUUUAGAAGCUAUCCCGUAUCCGGGACUUCGCUGAUUCGCACUUACGCUCGUCCGCAAGCUCGUAGCCGUAGUUGUAGUAGUUAUAAUAACCAAGCUCCUCCCCAUCAAAGGAAUCCCCGUAUAUCGCUCACCUCUUUCGCAACAAAGAACAACUCCUCCUCCUCAAUGGCAUCAACAACCAACCUCAUCGAGUCCGCCAAGCGCGCCGCCUGCCGGCAAGCCGUAGCCGACCACUUCAGCCCGACGUUCACGUACGUCGGGAUCGGGAGCGGCAGCACGGUAGCCUACGUAGUCGAAGCCAUCGCCGAGCUUGGCGGCAGCGUGACCUCGAAGAUGAAGUUCGUACCUACCGGGUCCGGGUCGACGGCGCUGAUCAAGAACGCCGGGCUCGCGGUGCUGCAGGUGCCGGACCUGCUGACCGAGGUCGGCUACCAGAACCCGGAGACGACGGCCGCCGCCGAGCACCAGCCCAUCGACAUCUACUUCGACGGCGCCGACGAGGUCGACGCCGAGCUGAACUGCAUCAAGGGCGGCGGCGCCUGCCACUUCCAGGAGAAGCUCGUCUCGCGCCUGUCGAAGCGCUUCAUCUGCGUCGCCGACAGCCGCAAGAAGGUCGACCGCCUGCUCACCUCCUGGACCUACGUGCCCGUCGAGGUAUCCCCCAUCGGCACCGAGUUCGUGCGCCGCGAGCUGCUGCGGCUCGGGAGCAAGGACCCCAAGAUCCGGACGUCGGGGCCGACGUUCAUCCGCACGAUCACCGAUAACCACAACCACAUCAUCGACGCGCCGUUCCCGACGCUGCUGUUGAAUAGCGAGAAGGACAAGCUGGAUCCCGCGAACGGGCUGUGGACGCCGGAUGCGCUACUAGCGAAGAUCAAAGGCAUUUUCGGUGUAUUAGAGGUGGGUAUCUUCACCGGGUUUAAUGGUCCGGAUGUGGCGAAGCUGGGCACGGAGGUAGAGGGCGUUAAGCCUGUGAAGGCCUACUUUGGGAGGGCGGAUGGACAGGUAGAGACAUUGGGUUAGACGCUAAUGCCAUGCCUCAUAUCUUGUGUCCCAUCUGGAAACAAGACAUUUCGAUAUCAGUAUAAAAAGGUUCAUUUGGUCGGUUUCAUCACGGCAAGGUUUUAGGGAUGAAUUGUACGCUCA